AUGUCAAUACUAGAAAAGUUGAGGCAGUGGUCAGUUUACCAGGAAAACUGUCAAACGAUGGAACAACUUUCAACGUCGUUAGUCUUGAAGUUUACUCUGAUAUUUCAACUGCUAUCGAGUAUAAUUGCGUUUCCACUAUUAAUUACUGCAAGUUAUUGCUUAUGGAAAUCUCCAAUUUCAAAAUCCUUCCACAUUAAUGUUAAGAUCAUAUUACAAGUUCACUUAAUUGGAUUUAUACUACAUUGCUAUAGUAGAAUAGUUAUCCACUCGCUAGACCUCUACAAUUACAUGGUACUGGAUUACUGCAGCAUGCCUCCAAGCACCAUACGAUGUUUUGUCUUCCGAUGCCAAUAUGUACUUGGAAUAUGGCUCGUUGGUGCGACUACACUACCACUAGUCCUUGAAAGAUACAUUGCAACAAAAAGAUCUUCAAAUUAUGAAUAUUCCGGAUGUACACUUGGGAUAUGUGUGACAAUGCUACAGAUAUUGUUAGCCUCGGUUUUUACGUUUUAUUCCUUCAUGAACUUUUCAUUUGCAACACCCGUAAUGACUUACUGCAUGGCUGUAAAGAUUGGAAUGUUCAGUAAUGUCGAGAUAAUAUUUGCUAUAAGUCUUACUGUUCAAAUUAUUAGCCGAAUACUAUUCCAAUACCUGUUUCAGGUGAAUCAAAAUCUCCGAUUAAAACAAUUAGCCAGUUCACUAUCAAAUAGGUUUUCGUUGGAGCAGAAUAUGACAUCGAUGAGAAUACUGAAAACGUUUGCCAAUUUACAAGCAGGUUUUAUGAUUAUUCAUAUGGCAAUGUUCUUGUAUAUUCUCCCGGCUGGUGCAGGAAUGGAGAAAUCCACGUAUAUAUCGCUAGUGGAAAUGAGCUCAUCGUUCCCCUUAUAUGCCGUGGUUUCUAUCCUGAUACUUGUGAGGAAAGAUCGUCUGAACAAAGUCAAGCUGAAGCACUCUUUGAACACACAUGUAAACGCUGAUCAAGGGAUUUAUUUUGAAAAUUUCAAUAAAAAUUUAAAUUAA